AUGUCUUUCUCCGGCAAAAACGUCCUCAUCAUCGGCGGCACCCACGGCAUCGGCCUCUCCACAGCCCAACUCCUCAUCCGCGACAGCGCAACCGUAAUCCUCACCGGCCGCAACACCACCAAAGCUGCAGACCUCCUCGGCACCACCGCCCACGGCCUCCCUCUCGACCUCCAAAACCUCUCCGAGAUCACCUCCCUCCCUAGCAAGAUACAGGCGCACCUAGGUUCAGACGCCAAGAUCGACUUACUCUUCCUCAACGCCGGGUUCGCUGCCCUGGAGCCCCUGGCGACGGUCACGGAAGAAUCUUUCGACCGCACGUUCAACACGAACGUUAAAGGCACUUUCUUCGCUGCCCAGACGCUCGCACCGCUAGUCCGUGACGGAGGGGCUAUCGUCUUCACAACAUCCAUAGCGAACAAACUCGGCAUCCCAGGCAUGGGCGCCUACGCAGCGAGCAAAGCAGCCGUUCAAUCACUCGUCCAGACCUUCGCAGCAGAGCUAGCUAGUCGGAAAGUCCGCGUUAACGCAGUCAGUCCCGGGUACGUGAAGACUCCCACGAUGGGGGUGGUAGGGGCGUCGGGGACGGAGCUGGAGGAGUUCGAGGAGCAUGGGAAGAAGACUACGCCGUUGGGGAGGGUGGGGGAGGCGGAGGAGGUGGCGCGGACGGUGAGGUUUUUGGGGUUUGAGGGGACGUUUGUGACGGGGGUGGAGGUGGUGGUUGAUGGGGGGUUGGGGUUUUUGAGAUAGUUUUGGGACUUCGGUGGUGGUUUUUGAGUGGAUACAACAGAGUUUUGAUUUAGUAUCUGAUUCCUUAAGCUGACUAGGAUAAUGGGAGUCACCAUGAUUACCUCAACACAAACCGAGUCCUGGUCCUGUUGGCGAGCAUGGUGUACACCUUCUACUGUAUUGUAAUAGUAGCCUUUACCCUCGGCGGGAAUCCUUCGACAGAGAAGGCUCAGAGAACGGCGGGAAUUGGUAUGGAUACCUAAAACCUUCGUCGGAUAUCAUGUUCUCCUUGAGUCGCUUCCUAGCCUCCUCAGAC